CUAAAAGAAAGAAAUCUGUGGUCAAUCCUCAAAAUAACCUCAAAAAGUAAAAACAAUAAUGAAAUUUGGAGGAAAGUAAAGUAAAAUAAAAACAUUAUAAACUUUUUACAUAUUUCUAUUAAAAAUGAGUAAAUUUGUGAAUAUUCUAACAUCAUCUAGAUAUACUGUUAUACGUCGCACAUUCACCAGCACCCCAGUAGCACACAUGAAGCAAUGGAGAAUCUCAAAAGGAUUGUCCGCUAACCGCAAUGCUGAAGGUGUACUCACGGACAGUCCUGACUAUACCUUCUUAGAUGGAAGACCUACUCCAUUACUGGUAAAGCAAAAGAAAAGGAUGCUCAAACAACAGAACUAUGCGAAUCAAAUUGUCACCUUGUGCUCAGAACUGGACUUUGCUAAACAGAGACAUCAAGAUGCUGUACGAGCCAAAGAGCAAGAGAGACAAGAUAUUAUAAGAAACCGUUUAAAACCCAAAGGAAAUGCUAUGUUUAAAAAGUAGUUUUACUAUGUUAUUGUUAUAUUAGAUAGAAAUUUUAAGAGUGUAGUCUAUAUAUAAUUUGAUACUUAUUUGUAUUAAUUAAAGGUACUUGAUAAAGAUUA